UUCAAACACUUGUCUUUUAUGCAAUUAAGUGUUCAUUAGAAGCUGGUUUUUCUCUGUUGCUGCUCAGAUUUUCUCGCUACAUCCAACUCAUCGUGCACCAUAUCUAUUUAUCAAUCUAGUGCAAUUAGAUAUUAGACUGAUUUUAAGAAAUAUUAUAUUAUUGUCUGGAGAAAUAAUUUCAUGAAUUAAAAGUCGGUGGCAAGGCUAAUUGUCCCUUCUCGACCUUAAAUACGGCAUCUGCUAUAUUUCACAAUUCGCCUACGUCGGUUAUCAGAUGACAUUGGCAUAAAAUAAUAUUUUUUUCAAAUCCAUCGACAAUAUCAUCUUUUAAAGACUAAAGAAGUUUUUUAUUCUGAACACAUAAAAUCUUAUUAACACCAAAGCUUGAAUUACUGAGGAAAAUUUUCUCUCAACUGAAAUUAAGAGUAGCAACAUUUCUGCAGUAACUGCCUGGAAUAUAAAAUAAUCAUACAUUCAUAUUAAACUUCAACAACUUGCAGUGAAGUCAGAUAUAACCGAUCUUACUGCUAGAAUUUCCACAUGGGUAGUCUUGAUAAAUGGAUCUAUUUUGAUGUUAUUUUACUUGCUUGUUCCCCAUGACAAGGCAGGGUUCUAGAAUAAGCAGUAUUGGAAUAAUUAUGUCUGAAAUGAUUGAAUACUAAUAAAUUAUUAUCUUGUGACUGUUUGCAAGAUCUUCAGAUAUUGCCAUAAAACCAGAGGCAGUAGAAAUAUACCAGGAAAAAUAAAUGUUAGGAAUGUUAUAGAGAAACAAAGUCAAGAAAAAUAUCUGUAUAUUGUGCUGAAAGAAAAUUAUGGAAAAUAAGCUAUGUGAAAACCAGAUUAAACAUAAAAUGCAGUCUCAAAGGAUUGAUGUUCCUGAUGAGAUGUAUGAAGAGAUUGGAAAAACAUCAUACUGCUGUGAUAUUUGUAAAAAGUCAUUCUCUCAAAAAAGGGAUUUAACAAGACACAUACGUGUUCAUACAGGAGUUAAACCAUAUCAUUGUGAUGUAUGUGGUGAAUCAUUCUCUCACAAUAGUAACUUGACUACUCACAAACGGAUUCAUACCGGAGAAAAGCCUUAUCAGUGUGAUAUCUGUGGUAAAUCGUUUUCUAUAACAAGUAAUUUAACUAAACACAAGCGUAUUCAUACAGGAGAGAAACCGUAUCACUGUGACAUCUGUGAUAAGUCAUUCUCUAUAACUAGUAGCUUGACUGCUCACAAGCGAACUCAUACAGGAAAGAAACCAUCUCAGUGCCAUAUAUAUGGCAAAACAUUCUCCUGGACAAAUCACAAGUAUAUUCGUACAGAAAAUAAGCCAUAUCACUGUGAUACGUGUGGAAAAUCAUUCUCCCGAAGUGGUGAAUUAACUAAGCACAAACGUAUCCAUACAGGAGAGAAGCCAUAUCACUGUGAUAUCUGUAGUAAAUCCUUCUCUAUAACAAGCAACUUGACUAAGCAUAGACGCGUUCAUACAGGAGAUAAGCCAUAUCACUGUGAUAUCUGUGGUGAAUCAUUUUCCCACAGUAGUAACUUAACUAGACAUAAACGUAGUCAUACAGGCUAUAAGCCAUAUCAUUGUGAUAUCUGUGGUAAGACUUGCUCUCAGAGUAGUGACUUGACUACUCACAAACGUAUUCAUACAGGUGAGACACCAUAUCGCUGCGACAUCUGUGGCAAAUCCUUUUCCCAAACAAUUAACUUAUCUAGACACAAACACAUUCAUACAAGAGAGAAUUCAAAUCAGGGUCAUAUCUCUGGUAAAUCAGUUUCUGAAACAAACCACUCAAGUAGAGGUAAUGAUCCAGGCAUUAAGCCACCUCACUUGGAGGAAUCAACCUCUCAAAGUGCUAACCUAACCACUCAGAAACGUAUUGAUAUGGGAGGGAGACCAUAUUGCUGUGAUAUCUGUGGUAAAUCAUUCUCCAAAAGUAGUGACUUGACUAUUCACAAAGAUGUACAUGCAGAAGGAAAACCAUCUUCUGAUAUCUAUAGUAAAUCACUCUCACAAAGUACUGAAUUAAUUGCUCACAAAGAUAUUGAUAAAAGAGAGAAACCUUACCCUUGUGAUGUCUGUGGUAAAUCAUUCUCUGAAAAUAGUGAAUUAACUAUUCACAGACGUAUUCAUACGAAUGAGAAGCCAUAUCACUGUGAUAUUUGUGGUGAUUCGUUCUCUCAAAAUAGUCACUUAUCCACUCAUAAACAUAUUCACACAGGAGAAAAAUCUUAUCACUGUGAUAUCUGUGGUAAAUCAUUCUCUCAGAUUAGUGAAUUAACUACCCACAAAGGUGUUCAUUCAGAAGAGAAACCAUAUCACUAUUCUGAAAUCCGUCCUUAA